GUAAGAAUAUAUCUUUUUGCACCAAGUACUUGGACGGAUGUUUCGCUUUGAACAGAUGGCUAACGCAACCAUUUAAGCGUAAACAUCCCAUGUUAAAGCUGUGUGAUAGACAUUAACUCUUAAAAACAGGUACAAAUAGCUUAUCCUGCUCGCUACAGAAGCUGUAAUGAAAGUUUUAUGAUGCAGAUUUGAAUAUUCUAUCUACUUACUAUGGAGGAAGAAGAAGAUCCGCAAUGGAUCUACAUGUUUGCCGACACUUCAAGAGUUCUCACCAUCGUUAUAUCCAUUUUACUCAUCGUAUACGGCAGUUUUAGGGCUUUAGGUUUGGAUAAAGCAUAUAGUAACUCAGAAGAUCCAGAAGACGAACAGUCAAACCAGAAUGAUACACCUUUCUCAAGACUUAUGGAUGGUUUCCAGACUAUCAAUACAGCCCAAGCUGUAUUCCUUCCAGUUGGGGCCUCCUUCUCUCUUCUCGUGAUGUUUUUCUUUUUUGAUACCCUCCAGUUUUUCUUUGCACUGUGCACAGCUGUGCUAGCUAUGGUGGCUUUUUCGUUUGUGCUUUUACCUGUUUGUCAGUUUCUUACCAAACCCUGCUUCACAAACAAUAAUCAAAAGCUCUACAUUGGUUUCUGUGGAAGAUUCACACCAGCAGAGGUUAUGUCUCUUGUGUGUUCUGGUGUGUUAGUUAUGGUUUGGAUCGUCACAGGACACUGGGUGUUAAUGGAUGCAUUAGCCAUGGGUCUAUGUGUUUCCAUGAUUGCCUAUAUACGUUUACCAAGCCUCAAAGUGUCAACACUUCUAUUAAUAGGUCUAUUAAUUUAUGAUGUAUUUUGGGUUUUCUUUUCAAGUUACAUAUUUAAAGCAAAUGUUAUGGUUCAAGUAGCCACACAGCAAGCUGCUAACCCUGUCUCUAUAAUGGCAAAUAAAUUGAAAAUGAAUCCAGUGGGAAAUAUCUCCCCGCAAAUCUCUCUUCCAGGAAAAUUAGUUUUUCCAAGUAUGCAAGACAGAAGCAGAUUCUCUAUGCUGGGACUUGGAGAUAUAGUUAUGCCAGGACUUCUCCUGUGUUUUGUUAUGAGAUAUGAUAUGCACAAGAAGCAGGCGGCUGUUGCAGCAGACACAGAACAAGCUAGAGUAACAUAUUUUCAUUGCUCUUUAAUUGGAUAUAUUGUAGGUUUAGUAACGGCUACUGUGGCAUCUGAGGUAUACAAAGCGGCCCAACCCGCGCUUCUUUACCUAGUACCGUUCACACUUCUACCAAUUCUAGUCAUGGCUUAUCUAAAGGGCGACCUACGGAAAAUGUGGCAAGAUCCCUUUGUAGCUGCUAGUGCGAAAUUUAAAUUCAUGGAAGUAUAACACAUGUCAAAACCAGGACUGAACAUUCAAUACAGCAAAACAAAGCCUUUAAAAGGGGCAACACGAAUCAAGUACCGCUAUCCCACGGGUAGAGCGCUUUUCCAUCGAGUGUCGUAAAACCAAGACCUAAGUAAUCACACCGGCCAAUCAGAAGAAAGGAAAACCCCUGCUUAAAGCGCGGGAAAAUGCGGGCCACCAAGUCGGUGACUGGAUUUACUUUUGCUUCUGAUUGGUUGAGAGAGUGGCAUGAGUUUUUCUGGACCAAUCACAAAACAAAGCAAUUCCUAAUUUCUUUCGACGCUCAAUUGAAAAUUGCGCUUUUCUUCCCGUUUCUAAUUUGCUUAUGAUACGAUGGUCGUUUGAUGUGAGUAAAAUUUGAAGGCGUUAGCUAAAAGGUGGGCUAAAAAAUGGAAAAAGCAAAUGGACAAAAAAAAUUUGCGAAGUAAGCAGUAAUAGUAAUUUGGAACAUUUAUAUGGCACUUUCUAUUAGAAGGUAUUUACUACUGAGACUACCAAAUCGAAAGUCUUGCUUUGUAUAGAAUAGAACUCUCUUUUAGGGAACACCUUUGGGUGUUGAAAAACUCCCAUAGGAAAACCUCGCAAAGUGUUCCAAAAUGUAUCACAAGGUGAACAGAACAAAGGAAUGAUUGAAACCUGUAAACAUGAGUCUUGUCCUUGUUCUCCGAGAGAUUAUAAGGAAUGAUCUGCAAUGGCGUAGUGCGUAGUAUUUAUUCAUUGCGUUAUUCCCUGUUUUUAAAUUGCUAAAUUUGAUUGGCUAAAUUGCGGAGAAAGGACGUUGCGCUCGUGUUAUUAAGAAAUGUGUGUUGGGAAGAAAACACCAACGAUUUACCUGAAAAUGACCGCUUAGAAUCGAUCCCCUCGCAUGUGUCCGGCGUUUGACCGACGCGUUUUUGUGCGCGGAUAUGGAGGGAAGGCUUCUUCUUUGCAGACAAUAGUAUAUGUGAAGGAUUUAUAUAUUGUAUUUGGAAAAGAUAUAUCCUGUAGGCAUUACGAAGUGUUGUGAAUUAAGGAAACAUAGAUUGUUUUGAAUAGACAUAGUGUAUGAAUUUCAGGCGUUCUUAACUUUUAA